GACGGCGUGCCAUGGUCGAACGUGCCUCUGUGUCUCGUUAGCGGGCGGACCUGCGGAUUCGUUUACGCGCAAAAAAAAUCGCGUCCGUGCGAACUGCAGUGGUGCAAGUUGUUAACCACGGAGUGCAAUGUGACAAUAUUUGGUUCUUGGUUGCUGACAAUGAGCAUGAGCGACGGUCUCAUCGAUGACGAUGAUACGUGGGAAGAUUUCUGGGGAGCGUCAACGGAGUUGAUGCCAUGUAUUAUGGGCGUAUUCGACUCGAUAAUUGAGGAAGGAAAGCAACAACCGCCCCCGAGACGAACGUACCAAUCCAGCAACUUCGCCCACCUCUCGCCCGGCGUCCAGAAGCUGCUGUCCCACGUGCCCGACCAGGAGAUCAGCAGGAGCUUCUCGUCGGAGGAGAACCUAGGCUUCAGGAGGUCCAACGGCUCCGUCUACCGGUCGCUGAGGAGCCACGCCAGGAGCAGCGCCGCCCUGAACAGGAGCAACGAAUCCCUGGACAUCAUAUCGCCGAACGUCCAGAAGAUGCUGUCCAACCUGCCCGACGCGGAGCUGAUCAUCUCCGCAGACAAGAAGACCAACCGUUCUUUCUUGCAUUCGAAGAGGGAGGGCUGCGAGACUUCGGCAGUCGGGCAAAACGGCGAAGGGGAUGGUUUCGGGACUGACAGCGGCUCUCCCAAGGGGGAGGUCGGUGAUGGUUGUGCGCGCGAAGAAAACGCGAGUGACAGUUUUAAACCAGUGCCUUUGGGAUCGUACCUGCACACGUCGCCACAUGGGAUCGCUUCCAGGACUCCGGUAGGGAGGAAGUCCCUGGGAAAGUAUCUUCAGAUUCCCAGUGAGAGCAGUCAGGGGACGUCUAGCAGCACCAAUUCUUCGGAGGUUUCCAGACCAGUCUCGCUGACCAGCAUAGGAUCAUGCUCGUCGAGUGGAAGCAGCGGAAACAACCAGCCUGGUUCCGCCUAUCUGGCCUCGGCUGAAAGCCUGGACAGCGAUCCGGAACCGAGUGGAAGUCAAGGAUCGGCUGACAGUGGAAUCGCCGAACAACCUUCGGUGAUGACGGCGGAAAUGAGGGUUCUGCAAGAGGUGCUGGACUCUGAAGCAGUUUACGUAUCGGAUCUCAACGAAGUCAUAGAGGGAUACCUGAAGCGAUGGAGGUCGGAACCUGAUUGUGUUUUGGCUCCACAUCUUGAUGCGUUGUUCAGUAAUAUCGAGGAAAUAUUCGAAUUCAACAAAAAAUUUCUCGAACAACUGAGGAAGGUCGAAGGAAAUUCCACCAAAAUAGCCAACGUAUUUCUCCAGAACGACUCAGGAUUCUCAGUAUACCAUGAGUAUUGUCAGAACUAUCCACGCACCAUGGAUGUCAUCGGGGAACUGACCAGGGAUGAAAAAAUGGUUCCGGUAUUCAGGGAGAAGCAACUCGCUUUGGGACACGCCCUGCCUUUGGGCUCAUAUUUGCUGAAACCCGUCCAAAGAAUCCUCAAAUACCAUCUUUUGCUCCAGAGACUCUCCAAGCAGUGCGAACCCGAGCACAAACAUGUGGUAGACCUGGCCCUGACCACGAUGACCGGCAUAGCCUCGGACAUCAACAUAAUGAAGAGGAAGCACGAGCACGCCGUCCGCGUCCAAGAGAUCCAGUCUCAGCUCUACGGCUGGAACGGACCGGCCCUAACGGCCCUCGGUGAACUCAUCGCUGAAGGAACCUUCAGAGUGGUGGGCGCAAGGGGUAGAAGACACGUGUUCCUGUUCGACAAGGUGUUCUUGAUGACCAAGAGCAAACAGGGCGGAGUCUUGGCCUACAAGUUUCAUAUCAUGUGUUCCAAUUUGAUGCUGGUGGAGCAAGUGAGGGGUGAACCCUUAUCCUUUCAAGUAUUACCGUUCGACAAUCCAAGGCUGCAAUGUACCAUACGGGCCAGAUCUCCUCAGCACAAGCGGGAAUGGACGUUGCAGAUCAAACGAGUGAUAUUGGAAAACUACAGCGCUGUCAUACCGAACCACGCCAGGCAACUCGUGAUGCAGCUGGGACAGGACAUCAAUGAAAUCGAAGAGACCGAGGAGAAAUGGACCCCGCUGAAGCACUCCAGCAACACCCCCCACUACCUGGAACGUCGAAGCCGCACGAGAAAGACCGCGGAGGCCCCCAACCGCCGCGCCGCCUCCCAGGACCGCUCCUUCCCCUCCCUGACCAACUGGCGGCGGAAAUCCGAGCCGGGCGUCAUACCCCAAUACACCGCCAAGACGCUGCCGCACAAGAUCACCAAGCUGAAGAAGCAGAAGGCCGCCUCCAAGUUCUACACAGACCUGUCCGACUCGGAGAACUUCUGCGAGGCUGCCAUGGAAUCGACGGAGAGCCUGACCUCGACGCCGCCCGGCAAAGACCAGAGUCUCUGCGAGCUGGACGGGGACGGCGCCGCCCGCCGCACGGACCUGGAGAGGAUCGUGUCGGACAUCGUGAACGAGGAGUUCAAGAAGCUGAAGAAGAACAGGCGCGCCCUGAGGGACAGCGAGCCGACGCCCGGCGUCUGGACGGAGGGCGAGGACGCGAAGGCCAAGCUGCCCGCGAAGGCGGACUCGCUGCCCAGGUCGUUCCAGCUGAACGAGCAGGGCGGCAGCGAGAACUACCACAGGCACGUGCUGGACAAGUCGGUGAAGGAGAGCCCCGGCGUUCGCGCGGAGGAUCAGCCAGAAAACGAUCUCACCUCUCACAUCGACGAUACCGAUCAUCCCGACCACAAGAUCUACAGGAAGUCCGCCAUACGGGUCAGCCUGCUGCAGAGGAUAAGAACCCUGAUGUCCGAACAGCAGAAGAAGGCCAGCGCGCCGAUCUGGAAGCAGCAACAGCAGAACUCGAGGAGUACCGGCGAGCGCAUCGCCAACCCGGAAUACGUAGAUCCGCAGAAGUUCAUCCUGAACGCGAGCCGCACGAGUCUGCUGUCGCAAGACAAGGUCGACGGCGAGCUGUCGGACGAGCCCGAGCGACUCGACAUGACCAUCAACGAGAACGACGUACUCGACGAGAUCGAGAACCGCCUCCAAAAAUCGAUGUCUCUUGACGAUACCGGCCAGAUGGAGAGGAACAACGGCUGCGUUUCUAGUCGCGCGGAUAAGUUCGAACAGUCGACUUUAUCGAUUAGCUCCUUUAAUUCUAGUCAAAACGAUGAUAGUUACUACGAGAGCAUCCUAGACGACCGUUUAGUGGAAGAAUACGUGAGGGACGAAAGAGGUGCGCUCGUUUUGAAGCAGGACAGCUUCAGAAGUACCGAAAAUAAAUACAUCGUCAAACAAACUGAAAGUUUAGAAAGGACGAUUGCCGAAAACGUCACAAAAUCAAACAUUUCUACCAGUAAAUCCGAUAGUAGACUCUCGGAGAGGAAAACUCUGAUAAAGAGGCCUAAUAAGGCGCCUCCCCCGAUCCCAGUGAAACCUACUCAUUUAAAAAACGGGCACAAACACAUUGGUACAAAUGAGACAAUAAAGACUAAUAAUAACAAUGAAAUUAAAGACAAAGAAACAAACGAAGAAACGGAAACUGUUCCAGCUAAGAGUUGGGUUAAAGCUAUGGUUGGUAGGUUUGAAUGACAUUUAAAGAACGCUUAAAAUGUCAUUGUCUAUCGUGUGUAUAUUUCUUACGUUUCUUUCGAUUAAUUUGUUAGCGCAAUUUAUUUUUAUUAUUGUACGUCUUCACUAGGAUUAAAAUUUAUUUCAUUUGUAUCAAAUGGUUACGAGGUAACGUCAGAUUUAUUGUUUCAGGCUAAAAGUGUAUUGCAUGCGUGCGGAAAAGAACGAGGUUAUGUAAUUAAAUUUGCUUGUGAUUCCUUCGGAUGAUGAAUCGACUGCUGUUGAGUUUUUUAUAAACGAAUUGUCAUCAUUUUGUUCGUUCCCAGGAUUUAUUUCUUGUCAAACCAUGUUUUCAUACGUUCACACUUGUUUUCAUUCCGUUUAUUAUUGUUCUUUUGAAUGAUCCACACUUAUAGGAUUUCAUAAAAAAUCAUGAGAAUCAAGAAUUAUUUUUUCUAUACAAGAUUGAAGAUUUGAUAUAUCAUAAUCAAAAUAAAGUGGCUGUUGUAGAAUACAUAUUUUACUUGUUGACAAUAUUGAAAAGUUUAUAUAAAACUUGUACGAGUCACUUGAAGUAUAUAUUCUAUCUUUAUUGUGUAAAAAUAGAUCAAUAUCUACUUAACAAUACAAUGUGCCAAAUAGAUAUCAUUUAAAUUAUUGUUGACUAAAUUAAUAUAAUUUUGUAAAAAUAUUAUGCAUAAUAUUGAAUAUAUAUUAUUGUCAUA